AUGGGCGGUAUUGGAAUCUGGUGCAUGCAUUUCAUCGGAAACAGAGCCAUUGUCCUCGGUAAUGGAUCGCAGGAAAUUCAGAUUCUCUACAAUGUCGCCUUCACCGGAACGUCGUUCGUACUUCCAGUCAUCGUGCUUCUGACGGCAUUUUACUCCGUCGGCGUCGAAGAGAAAGCCGGUUAUCUGCGUAUCUUGCUGGGUGGAUUGUUGACUGGAAGUUCCGUGUGCGGCAUGCAUUAUGUGGGACAACUGGGUAUCGCCAACUACAAGUGCUCCUAUGCUGUCGCCAACGUGGUCGGGUCUGCCAUCAUUGCUGUUUUCUCCAGUACUGUGGCUUUGGGCAUCUUUUUCCGAUGGAGGGCGACUUGGACGGAUAGCUGGUGGCGACGAGGGAUCUGCGCUUGUUUCCUUUCGGCUGCCGUGUCGGGAAUGCAUUGGACAGCCGCGGUAGGAACUUCCUAUCGAGAGCGCGAUGUGUCGAUUCAGCAUGGCACUCAAUUGUCCCGCAGUCAGGUUGUUAUCAUCUGCGCUGUGCUGGCCUGCGUCUCUUGCGUGAUUCUGUCCGCCUGUGCCAUCGUUGCCGGUGGCAAUCGACGACGAUCGACUACUCGUGCACACCAACUCGUCCUCGCCUGUGCUUACUUCGAUCCAGCGGGACGUGUGAUGGUUACACCACAAGCUCUUCUACCGACACGAAAGAUUGUCGAUCACUACAUUGGCCGAACCUUCAAAGAUGACGACCUCACUCGCACUCAUCCUACCUUUCUAUGGGCUUUCAGGGCUAGCCGUAACUGGCCUGUCGUAAAAGACCUGAUCCCCUUCAUGCGAAACCGACUCGAAUCCGAAGAACAAGCCAUCCAAAAACACGUCUUAUCCCGUGGAGUUGUCAUGGACAAGGAGACCGAAUUACAAACGGAUUUUGAUACACUCUUCAAGCAGCUCUUCUGUGUAACCGCCCAGGAACUUUCAGACGAACUUCGCCAGCCGCUUUCUGAUCUGGGAACCCUUUAUGACAAUGUGCUGUCCACCGCCAUCCCCGUCUCUCGACUAUCCCGCGCUAUGGGCCGCUCAUCGCUGCGAACUGGUAAAGGUCAAUUGAUAUUUAGUGUUCGACAGCUACAGAAACAUGAAGCCAGUCGCUUCUCCUCGCUGGGAUUCCGAUUCGCAACUAUCGAACACGUUACAUCGACGUUGUCCCGCCGUAUUCACGUUCCCGAAGCGAGUCUCGUAGAGCACCUCCGUGAUAUGCGCGAUUAUGCCAGCUCGAGCCGUGGCUUUGGAGAAGGUGUGCAUCUCAUCUCUUAUGUGAUGCGACCUACGGUUCAAGAUCACUUUGAAAUUCUCACCACCAAGGGAACUGGAAACCCACUCCCUUCUGCAACGCUUCCAAUGAAGCGUCUCUCUGUUCAACAUCUCGACCUUAUUUCCCAUAUGGAAGGCUGGUCCAUGAUUACAUGUCUGAAAUACCUGCAAUCAAAAGCCGCCCAACAAACCGAUAGAAACAUGGAAACAUUCCGCGAGAACUUGGUGCACGGCAUCAUGACGCUCGCCAAAUCAUUCCCAGACGAGAUGCGCUCAGCUGCUACAUUCUCGUCUAGACCUCUUCUCGCCCCCUGCCGCACUGCCCUUCGACGAUCCGAAGAGAGCCAGCACGCUCCCCAAUGUACCCUCCUUACAUUCUGCGUUGUUGCCCCUCUCGACACCCAAGUACCAAACCCCGACUUCACCUUCACCCCAUUCCGUCUCUUCCGCGUACAGCAGCAAGUCAACGACGUUAUCGCCGAUCGAGACGGGUUCUCUCGCGAGCUAAACCAGGAAUUCUUCUGCACGGAUGUCCGCUCGAAUUCCUCCGUCACCGAAUCAGACGUAAUGUCGACAACGCGCUCGGCUAUUCUAAAACUCUGGCCCUCGCGUAAACACGUUGCACCUCCUGCUUCGGGUCACUCCCAGGAAUCACUCGUCGAAGCCACCGUUCUGGGCGAUAUCACCGUCCAGAAAGAGGUUCGCGUCGAUGUCACUCGGAUCAAUGAGAAUGCUGCGCAGAACAUGGGCCAUUCCCAUGAUGCAGUCAUUGCUGCUGGAGACGCUAUUACUACUCCCGCGACGUAUGUCGAUGAAUUGUAUAGUCUUUGCUAUGCGCCGGGUAUCCGCCUGCGGCCAGAUCCGUCAUUGCACGCAAUGGCCGCGGCUCGUAUCUCUGAAACGUCAUGA